CGCACACUGUGCAGCCUCGACGCGAGGAAGCAGCCGCAGCCACAGCACCGUCUCUGCCCCCUCUUACUCGGAAUCAGCCCCUCAUCCUCUGCCGUGAACAGCCCCGCUUCACCCACACCAGCCCGGGGAAACGUUUCUAAGGUGACCCCUGCUGAAGGAUGUCCUCCCCCUCGGAUCAACCCCUCCUCUCCUUCACCGGCCUGCCCCCCUUCCCCUCGCCCACGCCAGGAUUCGCCCUUGUGCCCAAUGCUACCUCGUGCGAGGAGUGGGAGCAGACCCACCACCUCCUCUUCCAUCUGGGGAACCUGUCGCUGCUGCUGGGCCUGGUCAUCCCAACCACCGUGGGCCUGCACAUGAUCCUGCUGCGCCUCCUGCUGAUGACAGGAUGUGGUUUCUACAUUGCCUGGGCGGCUCUGUAUAGGUGCAACCUGGAUGUGAUGGUUUGGAACGUGGUUUUUCUGGUGGUCAACUUCAUGCACCUCUUCUACCUCCUGUACAAGCGAAGGCCAAUUAAGAUCGACAGGGAGCUGCGGUCAGUCUACAAGCGGAUGUUUGAGCCGCUCCAUGUGAAGGAGGCUCUGUUUCAGAGGCUCACGGGACAGUUCUGCACCAUCCAGACACUAAAGAAAGGCCAGGCCUACGCUGCGGAGGACAAGACGUCCGUGGACGAACGCCUCAGCAUUCUCCUCAAAGGAAAGAUGAAGGUGUCGUACAGAAGCCAUUUCCUCCACAACAUCUACACCAACGCUUUCAUUGAUUCUCCAGAGUUCAGGUCCACUCAGAUGCACAAGGGAGAUAAGUUCCAGGUGACCAUCGUGGCUGAGGAGAACUGUAAGUUCCUGUGCUGGUCUCGAGAGAGGCUCACCUACUUCCUGGAGUCAGACACUUUCCUCAGUGAGGUGUUCCGUUACCUCAUCGGCAAAGACAUCACCAAUAAACUGUACUCGCUGAACGACCCCACCCUCAGUGACAAGGCACUGAAGAAGAUGGACCGUCAGCCCAGCCUUUGCUCGCAGCUGUCUAUGAUGCAGAUGAGGAACAGCAUGGCGAGCGCCAGCGACACCGAUGAUGUUCUGAACCAGAUCCUACGAGGAGGAUCUGCUGGAUCGUCCAUUCAAAAAUCUCCUGGCACCAAGGCCUCCAAGAUGAAUCCCAUAGAAGAAGCCAUGGAGGAUGACGUUUUCAAAGAAUCUGCUCCCUCCGAGUCUCAGCGUAUGCCCAGCACGUCCACUGAGGAAGUGUAGUCCGCAGGGGACGAAUGGAAACCAUCACAAUUAUUAAGUAGGUGUAUCUUUCAGCCUAACAUCCAGAGCCUGAUUGAACACCAACAUGGCUGAUACUAAAGAAGUAUCAAAAGACGUGUGUGUGGUCAUGUAGAAUUGUGUCUUCAAUUUGUAGUUUCUCCACCAUAGAGCACUGACAAGUUAUAUGUAUGAUGUAAAAUGUCAGCACAAAUCUUGAUCACAAUUCAUUAAAAAUCUAAGUUAUGAAAAGUAAAUGUUUUUAAGUAAACAAACAAUGUUGGUAUACCUAUUUUUAUGAAAGCUGCAUCAAUUGAUUAAUUUGGCUCAAUUAUUGUGAAGAUGGAGGACAUGACAGCUCGGCAAUUGUGAAGCCAAAACAUCUGGAUCACCCCGCUGGUGGCUGGCUGGAGUAUAGGCCCCAAAUCCCACGUCCUCCCUGUUACCAGAUGCUAAACUAAAAAAUCAAAGUACACAUGAUAUUUUGUUUUUUUCAGAAAAUGGUCUCUCACAUGUUAGGUUUUAAUAAGGUAAUUGAUGCUAGAAAAAAGUGGGUGUGACCUUGUGAUUGACAGGGUCAAUCACACGAGACAGAAUCUGGCUCUAAACUACAUCACCAGUGCAAGAUGGCAGCAUCCGUGUGCUGGAAAUAAUGGCUUAGUUUUUGUUCAGUGGGAGGAAGUGGAGUCGUGUCGUCCAUCUUUAUAUACAGACAUUGAUUUGAUCGCAGCCGAAGAACAAAACUUACUUAUUAUCAGGCUUUUAGUUUCUAAAUGCUUAACAUUAUUAAAAAGCUGGUUGCCACCAGAGAGGAAAACCUGGUGCAGAUCACCCAAGGGUCCAUGUGAUCAGUUUGAGUGUUAAUGCUUGCUUUUUUAUAUAUGGCAGUCUAUGGAGCCAGAGAUUUCUUGGAGCCAGCCCUCCCCCUGUCUACUCUCCGUGGUAUUGCUCUUUUAAGCUCUUCUGCAUCGGCUUCAAUUUUCAGGGCUAAAAGCUGUAUUCACUUUUUAUAUACAAUAAAUUUGUUCUCAUCUGUGUUUAUAUUUUUGUGGUAUACAAGAUUAUCUUGCUCUGGUCACCUCUGGUACAGGAUUGACCAACACAUCACUUCGCCCCACAAGUGCAUUGUGUUGCAGGAGAAGUUAGAGCAGAUUUAACUUGUUUCCAGCACAACACAGCCUCGUUUUGGAACCCCCCCCCCCCAAUUGGUGCCAUUCACCAUUGCAUAAAUCUUAUCCCUGAUUCAAUAAGAAUGACAACGGCUGCAGUUUUAAUGCAGGUGGGCAUGCAACAGCUAAAGAUGCUAAAAAUCUCCGGAGAGAUGUUCUUCCUUUAUGCCGGCAGCAGAUGUGGUAACAGAACCAAAAAGAUGUCUCUGUAAAAGGUGGCAUGGCUGCACUUAUGAUGUUGUGUUACACAUUACUCAUAUCAUUUGUUAGUUCAUCAUAAUGAUCAUAAUCCCUUUCUUUUGAUCUAUUGAUUAUAUUAAAUCUAUCUUUGUAUUCCCUCAUGGCAAUCAGUAUCACAUGUCUGUAUCAGUUGGGUUCAAAUAACGACAUCUAAGUAUUUUUAAGUGAUAUAUAAGUUACAGUACGGUAGAGUUCUUUAAUCCUCAAAAGAGAAUGAGAGCAAUUCCUUCUGGAGAACAUAACAGAUCAGUCUCUUCUCUCUGUGUGAUACAAGCAUUGAUGAAAAUCCAUUUUGAAUGUAUUUUUUGUUUUAUAAGCACAAGCAUACAUCUCAACAUCCACAAAAUAGCUUUUCUUAGUGUGGAUUUUCUUGAGAAAAUAUUUUAUCUGUGUGUUAUAUAUUCUUGUUUAAAUGUUUGUACUAGAAACCAGUGCACUGUGUGUGUUCAAUAAAAAUUUGUUUUGAAAUGUCA